GUCUAUGUAGUUGACCCCUUUUUUACCAUAUAGUUGUUCAGAUCUACUUCCCGCUUAUUAAAUUUUGCAUGCAGAGAUGCUUCCGUUUCUUCAGACCAGAUCGUGUCAUCCACAUUUAAGUUUGACAAGUGACUCACCAAAGUACACAGAUUAUCUUAUUGCCAACUCGAAGGUCUGCUUACCCCUUCAAAAUCUUACUUAAUAGUCAAUAGAUACUCAUUUUUACAUCUUCAGAAACCUUCCCCUGCCCCAAAACAAUGCCAAACCAGAAGAUUCUCCCUCUGCUAUCUCUCUUCUUCAUUGCUACAAUCUCUCAACUCUUCCCCGAAGCCAAUUCCAGAACUUACUCAGCUGACAUUGAAGCUCUGAAGAAUCUGAAAAAUGGGCUGGACCCCAAAUCCAUAGCUCGAGGAUCUUGCCUGAGCUCAUGGGACUUCGCCGUCGACCCUUGCGACCGCCUCUUCACCGACAAGUUCACCUGCGGCCUCCGUUGCGACAGGGCGGUGCACGAUCUGUUCCGGGUCACCGAGAUCGCCCUCGACUCUGUUGGUUACUCUGGCUCGCUGUCUUCCACCAAUUGGACCAGCUUGCCUUACUUGCAGGCCCUUGAUCUCUCCGACAACUCGUUUUCCGGUUCCUUGCCCGAUUCGCUCUCCCAUCUAGUCCAGCUCCGGCGGCUUGGUCUCUCCCGGAACUUCCUAUCCGGGGAAAUCCCGCCUACUCUGUCCACCCUUCCUCGCCUCGAGGAGCUCUACCUCGACGGCAACAUGUUCUCGGGUGGUGUUCCUGCGAGCUUCAGCUCGCUGACGACCCUGAAGCGGGUCGAAAUCCAAAGGAACAAUCUCUCUGGCGUGUUUCCUGAUCUGGGUUCGAUGCACAGUCUCGAUUACCUCGACGCCAGCGACAACAAAUUCUCCGGCGAAUUCGGCGAUUCUGCAUUCCCUCCCUCCCUCGUCGAGAUCUCAAUGCGGAACAAUAGCAUUUCGGGCCACCUGCCGAAGACCAUCGCCGAUUUGAAGUUCUUACAAGUGCUGGAUCUGAGCAUGAACCGGUUAUCCGGUCCGAUCAUCUCCGUCCUCUUCGAGCACCGUUCUCUCCAGCAAUUGACUCUCUCCCACAACGAUUUCACCUCCCUUGAAGUUCCGGCGACAAUGGGGUUCAACAGCGAGCUCAUCGCUAUCGACCUGAGCGACAACGCCCUCCGGGGGCUUCUGCCGGCGUUCCUCUGUUCGAUGCCGAAGCUUUCAGCUCUGUCCCUGGAGAACAAUAGGUUCACCGGGAUGAUUCCCGCCGCGUAUGGCGUUAAGGCUGCGGCCGCGGGGACGGAGGGUGAGUCGACGGCGUUUGAGAGGCUGUUGCUGGCCGGGAAUUAUCUGGUGGGGAAGAUACCGGCGGCGAUGAUGGGGAUGAAACCAGGGUCGGGUAAUGUGAGCCUGGUGGAGAAUUGCUUGUAUAGGUGUCCUGAUGAUCUCUUCUUUUGCCGCGGUGGGGAUCAGAAGUCGGUGGUGGAGUGUAAGAGAUUUUGGCCGGUGAGGAUGAUUCCAUGAUCGUAGAAAGAUUAUAUAUUAGUAGUAUAAGCAGAAUUAUUUAGAGCUUUUUGUCAUUUUGGGUUGGACGAUUGAAAGAACUAUGGGCUAUCUACUUUCUCUUAUCAAUUAUAACGGACGUGUUUACAGCAAAAUGUGCUCCAAACCAGAUUACGUAGGACCAAAUUAACGUUUGGACUUAACUAUAUCAAAACGAAAAUAAUGUGAUCCAAUUUUUGGUCUCUAUGAUUUUAUAAAAUACGGAAGAAAAGUUGACCGAAUUGUCAUUUGGAUUGGGCAGAAUACAAUAUUAUGAUAGUC